AUGUCAGCGGGCGUGAUCAUGUUUCAGGAAGCACUUCAGACAUGGAUCGAGCAGAUCCUUCACGAAAACUUCGAGGACAUGAGCGACGACGACGUUUUCUUGUCAAACGGGGGUCUUACCGAUGGUCGCGUGCUCUGUCGAGUCGCAAAUUCCAUAGCCCCCGGCAGCGUGAAGAGGAUCCACGAGGACAGGUCUAACAACGAUAGCAACAUGUGCAGCUUCCUGAUCGCGUGUCGGACGUUUGGCGUGCCCGCCGGAGCUCUGUUUGACGUGAACGACCCGGACCCCCGGCGCGUGGGGCUAUGCCUGCACGUGCUCAGCCGUGUAGUCCGAGACACCGUUCCACAGUUCAGGGGGCCAUACCUACUGGUUAGGCCCAGCAGCAGCCGCUCUUGGUCGCAAACGGCAGCCGCUGAUCGCGACAGUAGCAGCGGGAAUACGAGCACCCACCGCAACAACCUGCCGUCCUCCGAGGGGGUCGGGUCUGCUGGGCCGGAGGCCUCGCGGCAGUGGCCAGUCGCUGUUUCCGAUGAGGAUCGCCUCUACCAACACGAUCCCUACCAGCAGCACCAGCGUAGGCCUCGACCGCCGACCCCACCCCCGGAGGAGCGCCCCCGGCCCUUGAGCUUCCCUUCGCGGUUCUCGCCCGCUGCCUCGGCGGGGGGCACCGAGUGGAGCAGCCAAUUCCCUUCGUCUGCCUCGCUGAACGGGGUGGGGGAUGUAGCGGGAACGCCGGCGGGUGCUAGAAACCAUGGUGGUAUUCGUGGUGUUGGAGGCAUUGGGGAUAUCGGUGGCAGAGGAGGCGGAGAAGGAGGAGGAGCAGGAGGAGAGGCGGCCGCCGCUUCUAUGUGGCAUACCACCACAGGAACAGAAGCGGCACCGCUGGGCAAGGACGGGCCUUUCGAACAUGUGUCCCCGUCACCGGAGAGCCUGUCGAUAUGGCUGUCGAAUCUCAACCUCGGAACCUUUGAGAGGGCCCUCGUCAAUAUCGGUGUGGAAUCGAUCGGAGAUUUACGGUGA